CAGAGCGAGUGUUUAUUACGGCCAAAUCAUGCAAAUAAACAGUGGAACAAAACAAAUAAUAUUCUUCGUGAUGGAAGAAUGGAAACUGAUCUUAUUUCUGACUCUAAUUUUCGGCCUGUACAUGUAUUACACAAGUACAUUUGAAUUCUUUGAACAAAAAGGGAUCAAGUUCAUGAAGCCGUAUCCUGUAGUAGGUAAUUUGGGCUCUCGGAUGAUGGCACAAAAAUCGUUCCAUGAAUUCCAAUAUGAGGUCUACAACUUUUUUAAAGGCAAUCCAUACGGAGGUAUAUUUGAAGGAAGGAGACCAUGUCUGUAUGUGUUGGAUCCAGAGCUGAUCAAAGCAAUCACUAUAAGAGAUUUUGAACAUUUUGUUGAUAGAAAUACUUUCACUAGUAAUGAACCAAGAUACUUAAGCCAAUCUCUCCUUAAUUUAAAGGGUUCCGAGUGGAAAGGAGUUCGCAGCACACUAACCCCAGCAUUCAGCUCUGCCCGGUUAAAGAACAUGCUGCCUUUAAUUGAGAUGUGCACAGAACAAAUGGUUCAGUUUUUAAAGCAGUAUGACAAACAGGAUGUUGAAAUGAAGGACACUAUGGGACAUUUUACACUGGAAGUUAUAGGUGCAUGUGCCUUUGGGAUCAAAUGCGAUGCUUUGUCUGAUGAAAAUGCUAACUUUAUAAAGAUUGCAGAAAGGUUCAAUUAUAUGUCCAAGUCUAAGAGAAUGAUGAUAUUCUUUUUCUUAAUAUUCGCACCCAAAAUGUUGAGGUAUUUCAAUAUAUCUUUCAUGAACGAAGAGAGUACAAGAGAAUUAGUCACAAUACUGAAAGCCGCUAAGAAAGAAAGGAGAUCGGGUGAUUACAAGAGAAAUGAUUUCUUGCAGCUGCUCAUAGACGGAGCUAAUAAAGAAAAUAUUGAUGCGGACGGCACAAAAGCAGGAACAUUGCUAGAUGACGACACGAUCGACGCGCAGUCUCUGCUGUUUCUCAUAGCGGGGUACGAAACGUCAAGCACGUUACUCUCAUUCGCCAUUCAUAUGCUGGCCACCAAGCCAGAGAUCCAGGAAAAGCUCCGAGCUCAUGUCACAGAACUUACAGAGGGAAAGGAGAUGUCUUACGAGCUGCUAUCGCAACUGUCUUAUUUAGAAGGAUUUUUAUUGGAAACGUUACGAUUGUUCCCGCCCGUCGCCCGAGUUGAUAGAGUUUGCACCAAGAAAUACACGCUACCGGGAACACCAGUAGAAAUUAACGUAGGAGACGUGGUCGCUAUACCAGUGUACGGACUCCACAAGGACGCUGACAUUUACCCAGACCCGGAGGAGUUCAGGCCCGAGAGGUUUAUCGGGGAAGAGAAGAAGAAUAGACCGGCGCACCUGUUCCUGGCCUUUGGGGCUGGGCCGAGGAACUGCAUAGGUCUACGAUUCGCCAUGUAUUCCGCAAAAUUGGCCAUGGUCUCGCUUCUGAAAAACUUUAAGUUUUCCUCAUGCCCCAAGACUACGGAUCCCAUUAAAUUUGACAAGAGGGGUUUCUUGCUGAAGGCAGAUCUGUGGGUCCGCAUUGAAUCCCUGUGAAUUAUAUGUUCUGUACGGGGAUAUGGAGUUAGAUUAAUUUGCUUUUGAUAUGGUUACGGAAAAUUAAUA